AUGCGAGUCCACGAACGUCGUAAUGCAGCCCCCGGUGGGUUCGUGAAGAAUGGAGCGGCAGAUUCGGCGCAUAUGCUCAACCUCCGGCUUGCAUUGAAGCAGAACAACAUCACGGGGUUGCAGCAGCAGUUGUUGGCGGUCAGCACGCCUGGUAAUGCGCAGUACAGGCAGUUCCUUUCGAAAGCGGAGGUGGAAGCGAUGGUUGCGCCCUCGAACGAGUCUGUAGCUGCUGUUCAAGCUUGGCUCACGAAGAACAACAUCAGCUCGCAAACGCUGUCCCCUGCUGGAGACUGGAUCGGAAUCAACAUCUCAGUCCAACAAGCCAACACUCUCAUGGCCGCGGAAUUCACGAACUAUACCCACUCGACCACGGGUCUGAACGCCGUCCGAACGCUCAAUUAUUCGAUCCCUUCGACGUUAACUGAGCAUCUUAAUUUCAUUCAUCCCACUGCGACUAGCCAUGCCCCCGUUCUGAUUGCUCCCAUGCCCGCAAAGAGGAAGAACAAGAACAAGGCCGCAGGAACUGGUACCGGCACCGCUACAACUUCAUCUGUCACCGGCUGUGACCCAGCUGCCAUCGAUCCUACCUGCUUGCAGAACUUGUAUGGAAUUCCAACGACAUCAGCUACGCAAUCGACGAACACGCUCGCUGUAUCCGGGUUCAUCAACGAGUUUGCGAACGAGGCUGAUCUUGCUUCGUUUAUCACGGAGUUUAGGACUGACCUGUCAGCGACCAAUGCGACGUUCACGGCUGCGUCUGUCGAUGGAGGGAAGAAUACUCAGACCCUCAAGUUGGCAGGCGUGGAAGCUGGGCUCGACAUCCAGUACACUGUCGGCAUCGCCUCUGGAGUCCCUACUACUUUCGUCUCUGUUGGAAGCAACAAUGCGGACGGUGUUGGUGGAUUCCUUGACAUCAUCCAGGCCUUGCUCGCUGAGGAUAGCCCGCCAAACGUAUUGACCACCUCCUACGGCUUCAACGAGGAGGAUUUCACUGUAUCUGUCGCUGAUACCAUGUGCAAUGCCUACGCCCAGCUCGGUGCGCGUGGGACCUCGAUAUUCUUCAGUAGUGGCGAUGGUGGUGUGGCAGGCAACGCGGAUACAUGCGAUACUUUCGUUCCGACCUUCCCUUCGACAUGCCCCUAUGUAACCUCCGUAGGCUCCACCACUGGCAUUGGCCCCGAAACCGCAGCCGACUUCUCCUCCGGUGGUUUCUCCAACUUCUUCGGUAUCCCAGACUACCAAGCCGACGCCGUCUCCACCUUCCUCACUGCUAACGGCAACACCAACGACGGACUGUUCAACUCUUCCGGCCGCGCGUUCCCCGAUCUGAGCGCACAGGGAACGAACUUCCAGAUCUUCGUGGAGGGACAGCAGACGAGUGUCGAUGGGACUAGCGCGAGCAGUCCGUUGGUGGCGGCGAUGGUCAGUUUGUUGAACGAUGAGUUGAUCGCCGCGGGGCAGAGUCCGGUGGGUUUCAUGAACCCGUUGAUCUAUAGCAAUGCGGACGCGUUUACGGAUGUCACUGCUGGUGAUAACCCUGGGUGCGGCACGAACGGUUUCACCGCUGUUGCAGGAUUCGACCCUGUCACAGGCAUGGGGACACCGCUUUAUGCUUCGCUCAGGACCGCUCUGGGCCUCUAA